AUUGAUUGGUUUUCCGGUUUGAAAUUGUAAUAAUCAGAUAAACAAAGGUUUAAUUGUUUGGCAAUUUUGAUUAUUGAAAAAAAUAAGAGAUAAAAUGACUUAAAAGGGAUUUUUUUGAGAUAAAACAUGAGACAUCUUGUGAAACGGGAGAUCUAUUCAAAUUACGUUAAAAAGUGUAAAUAUGAUUUUUUAUUUUAGCGUUAGAUGAUUAGUUUCAAAAUGCAAAUCCAAACACCCCCUAAAUGCUUGUUUUUAAGUGAGCGUGAAAACGAGCUCAAAACAUCAAGAAAUGAGCUCAAAGUUGCUGAGUCAAAGUUAGUCAAGUUAGAAGCUUUGUUGAUCAACACAAAUGAUGCAAGAGAAACAACUGAGAAAGCACUUGUAUCGGUGAAUGGAAUAGUCAACGUGCUACUAGAAAGGGUAAAAAGAUCCGAUCUUGAGGUGGCGGAGUUGAAAAGUCAACUAGAUAUCAAGCGAAGAGAAGCAAAAUCUCGACUCAAAGAUGCCUACACUAAGAAAAUGGCGGCAGAAUCACGUGUGGCAACACUAGAAGCGGAGAUGGAAUCCUUGAUUCCGAAAGUUGACACGUCAGAAACAGAAGUUGGAAACGAGCGUGCUUUAUCGGGAAAGAUGAGAGACAGAUGUUGGGUAUUAGAAGGCGAGUUGGAAUCGUUAAAUAUGAAAGUUGAUUCGCUAGAAACAGAGGUUGAAAAGGAACGUGCCUUAUCGAAUAGAGAAGGUGGGAGCCAAAUGUCGGGAAUUAGAAGAUGAGUUGGAAUCCUUGAAUCUGAAAGUUGAUUAUUUAGAAACCGAGACAAAAAAAAGGAGUGCACUGUAUCGGGGAAGAUGGGAUACAGAUGUAGGGAAUUAGAACGUGAAUUGAAAUCCUUGGUUUUGAAAGUUGAUUCUCUAGAAACGGAGGUUGAGAAGGAGCGCACGUUAUCGAAGAAGAUGGGAGUUAAAUGUCGGGAAUUAGAAGGCGGGAUUUCAAGAUUACAACGUGAAAAUCAGUACCCAAUACCCGCCAUCCGAAAUCCGGAGCUCAUGAUGAAACAGGAUACUGAACUAGCAUGGGCUGGUAGUAAAUAUGCCGAUUGCCUUCGCUUCUCUUAGUCGUCAACUAAAAACGUUUACAACGCUUGAAGACUUCUUGAUUGACACGAACGAGUUCAGUAGACGUAUUUGAGUUAAAGACUGCAGCCUUCUACCAGCAAAACGAUAGCAAGUAAAGACGUUUUGGUUAUCUUUUUUCUAUAUACAAAGUAACGAUAUUAAGAUUUGUAAAUUGUUGUAU